AUGAAUCGAACCGUGCUUACUGGUCCCACUAGAGAAUCUCAUCGGCUGUCGGCCUUGUUUAUGGAGGAUCAUGAGAAAGAAGUUAGCGAGCUGGGACAGCACAAACUGCCCAAACGGUACGCCUUUGCUGACUGGUUCUCGAUUGAAGGCACUCUGCGGAAAGACGGGACACUCUACACACAGGGCAAGAAGAGUGAACCACACACAAGUACGGUGGAUGUUGAAUGUGAUCGUAGUAUGCUUUUAAUGUGA